GUGGUCUCAAUUAAACUCUCUUGUGCUGGGAGAACGGCGUCCAAAACUCGAGGCGGGUCUGGCUGACACUUAGCCCACCAGGCGCCACCGCCCCAAACCGGCAUGGUCCCGCCCACUCGCGAGCCCUGAGCCCGCCCCCGCGCGCCGAUUGGUCAGACCGCCAGUUCUGCUCAGUGUGGGGAAGACCCGGAGAAACGGAAUUCGCCCAAGGAAUGGGCUCCUCAAGCCCUGCUGCGCAUGCUCGCGCCGUGACCCCAGCUUGAGGUGACUGCCCAAACCCAGGCGGGGGCCCCAGGCACGGAGGCUGAGGGACCUGCCGCGGCUCGGUCUCCGGAGAGGGAGGGCCCUGCUGCCGUCGCCACCCAGCCGGUGCCCGGACGCAGCCCCUGGACUGCCAGGUUCCUCACCGAGGAGGUGGAGGAGAAAUCCAUCAGCUGGGGCCUAAGCGUGGCCUGAGGGCCAGGCCAUCAGUCCCGGGAUGCCCCUGCCCGAGCCCAGCGAGCAGGAGGGUGAGAGCGUGAAGGCCGGCCAGGAGCCCUCCCCUGAGUCCCCUGAGCCAGGCACAGAUGUCGUCCCCGCAGCCCCCAGGAAGCCCAGGAAGUUCUCCAAACUGGUCCUGCUGACGGCCUCCAAAGACAGUGCCAAAGUGGCCGGGGCCAAGCGCAAAGGAGUGCACUGCAUCAUGUCCCUGGGGGUGCCUGGCCCAGCCACCCUCGCCAAAGCCCUCCUUAAGAUCCAUCCUGAAGCUCAGCGGGCCAUUGAGGCAGCGCCCCAGGAGCCUGAGCAGAAACGCAGCAAGCUGGACGCAGGCAUUGAAGAAGACGGAAGGCUGGCGGGGCAGCAUGCCCCCAGGCCCUCGGGGGGCGGGGAGGAGUCCCCCGCGGGACCCAUCGUGCCCAGCGAGGCCCCGUAGCCCUGACAACCGGGGGUGCGUCCUUGCUGGGUCAGUGAACUUAGCUGCAACUUCUUCACGUUCCAGUGGGCUUCUGCUUGGGGCCUAGCCGCUGAUUUUCACUUUAAACAUUGUAAUUUUUUUCAGAUCAUGCAUUAUUUACUUUUGUAAACAGAAAAAAAAAUUAAAAAGAGAAUAAAAGAAGCUGUACAUUAGGUCCCA